ACUGAGAGGGAUGUAAAUCACAGAACACAAACUGCAGAACAGAACUCUACAAUAAAGAACAGAACUCUACAAUACUUUAAUAAGCCCCUAAAGGAAAGACAGCGAGCGGCAUGUCUCAAACGAAGGGUUGCAGUUCUAUGCGGCAGGUUUCUAAAUUCAUCAUCAUCACGUUCUUCAUGUUGUUGCUUCCCCGCUCUACCGACACAAGAUUUCAGAUGUCCACUCAAGAGCAAAAUGUGAUGACUUCUCUAAACAGAGAUGUUCUUCUGCCGUGCAUCUUCCGGACACAAGGGGACUUGGUGGACAUUAAAUUCAUAAUUGUAACUUGGACACAUAAUAACAAGGAAAUAGCGAGAUACAAAGCUGGAGAUGUUCUGAACACAAGCAAGGCUCUUCUAUUUGAAAGACAGCUGCAGAAAGGAAACGCUUCCCUUCUUCUGAAGAAUUUUCAAGUUGGAGAUAAAGGAGAAUACUUUUGUCAUGUUGUUGAUGCCCCAGACGAAGGCCAGAUCAGAGUUAGACUUGAAGAGUUGCCGAAGGUGACAAUCACUCCGGACACUUUGGUGAGAGACAAAGAUCAGAUAAUUUCCUGCAUAAUAGACGGACAUUUCCCAGAGGAAAUCAGCAUUACUUGGAAGAAGAACGGGGUGCCUCUGAGAAAAACUGCAGUGAAAGACGACGGUACAUUCAUAACAAUAGAAUCCCUCAUUUUGAACCCUGUAGACGAGAAUGAUGAGUUCACAUGUGAAGUGAAAGUGAUGAAUGAAACAAUCAGCACGACCAAGAAAUUCAAACUUACAGGUAACUCCCUCAGCUUGGCUGGAAUUGGAAACAUAGUUUUAUCAAUUAUACUGAUACUGAUACUGAUACUGAUAGCUUUGUACAUAUUGUAUCACAGAGAAAAGCUUUGUAUGAAAGGUAUGUGUUUAUGUCCUGAUUUAUAG